ACAUAAAAACUAUUGAAUCCUUUACCAUUUCCAAUGUCGUCGUUGCAACUUUUAACACUUGUUCUUCUCGUAUCAACUGUCGCUAUCCCCGUCGUGACUUGCAGACAAUGGUGCAUGGCGAUGCCUGGUACCUCAGAUGAGCAGUUACAAGCCAACAUUGAUUUUGGUUGCAGCAACGGCGUCGAUUGUACACCGAUCCAACCUGGUGGAACUUGCUAUGUCCCUAACACGUUAUUCGACCAUGCGUCGUAUGUCAUGAACGCUUAUUAUCAAAGCCAUGGGCGUAUCGAAGAUGCUUGUAGCCAGAAUGUUGACUGUACACCGAUCCAACCUGGUGGAACUUGCUAUGACCCUAACACGUUAUUAGACCAUGCGUCGUUUGCCAUGAACGCUUAUUAUCAAAGCCAUGGUCGUACGGAAGAUGCUUGUAGGUUUGAAGAAGAAAACAUCAAAACAUUGAGAUCCAUGUCGAGAGAGAGGAUCAAACGUGAAUUACCUCCCGUUCAAGAGCAUAUUGAUAAAUUGCGGAAAGUGGUAGAGGAAGGCAAUUACUAUGGAGCUUUGCAGAUGUAUAAAUCUAUCAGUGCAAGAUAUGUCACGGCUCAGAGAUUCUCUGAAGCUCUUGAUAUCCUCUUUUCAGGGGCUUGCAUUGAACUAGAACACGGCCUGGUGAAUUGUGGGGCGGACCUUGCUAUUUUGUUUGUCGAUACACUAGUUAAAGCCAAGUCUCCUUGCAACGAUGAGGCUCUUGAUCGUAUCAGGUUUAUUUUCAAAUUGUUUCCUCGGGUUCCUGUACCACCUCAUUUGGUAGAUGUGAGUGACGAUGAAGAUGUCCAAAAUCUUCAAGAAUCUCUUGGGGAAGCCAGGUCACGAGUAGAAAACUUGACAUCUUUCUUGAGAGCUGCUAUAAAAUGGUCUGCAGAGUUUGGAGGCCCACGUACUGGCUAUCCUGAGUUGCAUGCUAUGCUGGGUGAUUACCUCUACACCGAGUGUCCUGAACUUGAUAUGGUCCGGAUAUCCCGACAUUUUGUUAGAGCUGAGGACCCCGAGAAGUUUGCAUCUAUGCUGGUCAACUUUAUGGGAAGGUGUUAUCCCGGAGAAGAUGACCUCGCAAUUGCAAGAGCAGUUCUCAUGUACUUAUCUAUGGGUAACAUGAAAGAUGCAAACUUUAUGAUGGAUGAGAUUAAGAAACAAGCGGAGACAAAAAAUCCCGAGCUUUCAGAAUCAGACCUUAUCCAAUUUAUCUCAUAUCUUCUGGAAACGUUGCAGAGGGAUGCAUUGCCUCUCUUCAAUAUGUUAAGAGUAAAAUAUAAGUCAAGCAUAGAUAGAGAUCAGCUGCUUAACGAGUUACUGGACGAGAUUGCAGAGAGGUUUUACGGUGUGCAGCGUAAGAAUCCUUUGCAAGGAAUGUUUGGAGACAUCUUCAAGAUGAUGGGCUGAGGAAGGAGUUUUAAGAGGCAAGAAUACUCUCCCUUUUUUGUUUUCCUUUCUGAUUUGUAUUUGGCAAUGUACUAAUAAUGGAUAGCUCUGGAGAAAGCUCCAGUUCAUAAGUUAUUUCUCUUUUCCUUGAGUGGGUGAAAGAGUUUUGUUCUUUGUAACAUUUUACAUUUGUUUGUCUUUACUAUAUUACUUCAGGAUAUAUAAAAUUAAACUUCAAUUUACAUU